AAUGACGAGUUUGGCUCUUGCAAUGAUCACUGUAAUUUCUAUACUUGUUGUUACGUUAAUUGGUAUUCUCUUCUUUAUGUACAAGAGGAGACAGGCUUUAAAUGGGCCUUCUUUUUCAUCGAUUGCCUCCGAAUCAUCGUUCGAAGAUAAUCGAAACGAACCCGUAAUCAACUUAGCCGAAGUGAAUAUUGAAGAAAAUUUACACAGACACUCCCAAAUCCUAAAAACCGGUCCUUUGGCAAAGUCAACAAACCAGGCCUUUAUCGAAGGUCAUCCAGCUCUAAUGCUGAAAAACCCUUCGUUCAAAGAAAAAAGUACAGCAGCAUGGGCAUGGCAAUUGCAAACCAAUGACAACAACAAUGGAUACGAACCAACGCCCAGUUCGCCUAACAACAAUAGUACCCUGGACGAGAGGAGAUUAAGUUCGGGAGGAAAUGUUUGGUAUCCAUCCUACGUAGGAGGACCAACAGCUGGUGUAGGAGGCAGCCCGCUUAAUAUGAUAAAGGAUCCUCCAUCCUUCCCUACACCAAAAUGA